GGGGCGGGGUGAAAGGUCACCGCGCGGCGGCGGGUCUGGCUGGCGGCGGGCGGGAGGAUAGUGCCCCGUGUGCACGUGUGGAGGAGCGGAGGUACCUGCGCGCCGGCGGGAGACGUCCCUGCCCGGUCCGUAGAUUCAGGGCCGUGCUCGACUUUUGCGGCCUCCGUCACCCCCUCAACUUCUACCCUAGGCGAGGAGGCCGGCUUGGGUUGAGUGGCCCCAGCGGAGGGCGCGGAGAGCUCAGAGCGGCGGGGACGACGGCCUCUGCAGGCGGGGAAGAUGAAAGGUAGCCGGAUCGAGCUCGGAGAUGUAACACCACACAAUAUCAAACAGUUGAAGAGGUUAAACCAGGUCAUCUUUCCAGUCAGCUAUAAUGACAAGUUCUACAAGGAUGUGCUGGAGGUUGGCGAGCUAGCAAAACUUGCCUAUUUCAAUGAUAUUGCUGUAGGCGCAGUAUGCUGCAGGGUGGAUCAUUCACAGAAUCAGAAGAGACUUUACAUCAUGACACUAGGAUGUCUUGCACCUUACCGAAGGCUAGGAAUAGGAACUAAAAUGCUAAAUCAUGUCUUAAACAUCUGUGAAAAAGAUGGCACUUUUGACAACAUCUAUCUGCACGUCCAGAUCAGCAAUGAGUCAGCAAUUGACUUCUACAGGAAGUUUGGUUUUGAGAUUAUUGAGACAAAGAAGAACUACUAUAAGAGGAUAGAGCCUGCUGAUGCUCAUGUGCUUCAGAAAAACCUCAAAGUCCCUUCUGGUCAGAAUGCAGAUGCGCAAAAGACAGACAACUGAACAAAUUACAAAUGAACUUUCUUGCACUUGCUUGUCGCCAAAUAAAAAGAGAGGCCCAUUAAUUCCCCAGCCCCCUUUGUUAAGCUUUCCCUCCUUGUUCUCUUGUUCUUGGUCCCGUCCCCCCCGCCCUUUGAUCCUUUAAAAGUUUUAUUUCGAGGACUUCUAAAAAUAAUCAUGUUUGGAUUGUUUUAGUUCUCUCAGUUUUGUGAGGUGGUUGGAUUGAAGGAAGAAGAUCUGUUCAGUUUCAUAGUUAAGAUGUAUAACCCGAAAAUUUUGGGUAUCAAAUUAUUUCAAAUUUUUUAGCUUUUUUUUUUUUAAUGUCCUGCUUUCACAUUGAAGGGCAGAGCCUACAAAUAUUGUUUAUUCCAAAAGACUAAAAGAAGCAGCAGCAAUAUCUUUUUCUCUGAUUUCAUAGACAAGUUUAGUGUGUUUGUGGUACUUUGGGUUUUUAAAAACUAUUUCUGGGAUGCUUAUCCCUGGACAUUGCCUUCACUCCACCUUUAGUCCUUCUGAGCACUCUCUCAGGAGUUGGACCAUUGUUAUCCUUAUAAGAAAUAUUAAGCUUAUUUAGAUUUUUAAAGCAAUUGAUUUUUCUCUUCUUGCUGAUGGGUGGGACAGUUUGGGUAGGUAGUGUUAUACUUUGGCCUAAGUAUUUGAGUUAAACUUUUUUUGUUAACAAGUGGACUGGUAGUCAGCAGGUCUUUUUUUCCUGCUAUUGUUACUAGAGGUAUUAACAUUUAGAGUGUGAGCUGGUGAGAUUAAAUUUUUUUAAUAUCCCAGCUAGAGAUAAUGGCCUUUAACUGACCUAAAGAAGUUUAUUGUGAUUUAGUUUUUUUUCCUGUCCUUUUUCUUCAGUAAGCCCAACAAUACUAUAUUGAGUUUAACUUUUAAAAUGAAGUUGAUGUACUUACAGGUUAACACACCUAAAUAAACCUGAAGCAGAUGAUUUUCUCUUAGACAUAUUUAAAAUACCUAAAGGAAAGCUUAGAUGGACUUGUGGCACAAUAAAUGCAUUUAAUGUCAACUAAUACAGGCUGUUAAAAAUGUGGCCAGUGUUUGCUUAUAUAGGAAAGAAUAUCUAGACAGUAUUUUUUGAGAAUAACAUAGUUAUGAUACUCCUUAUCUGUUGGAGAAUAUCCCAGAUUUGCUUAUAACUCUGUGCCUACAAUAUUGAGUUUAAGGAUUUGGGAUAAGAGGAAUUGUUAAACAAAUUGCUUCUAUUCUUGGAAAAGUAGAAGCGUAAAGUGUUAAUAGUACAAAUAUCACUGUGACCUCCUUCCUCUAGUGACAGGACUGGUUUUAUGCUAGAUCAUUAUUUGGCAAGUAGGGAGUGGCUCUGACAGGUUGAUAACUUUUUAUAAGAUGAGACACUUGAAAUACUUACAUUUUCCUCCAGUUGUCCAAUCUCUAAUAUUUGCAGUUUGUUUAGAUUGUCGGUGGUGGCUCAAGAAAUGUUCUUGGUAGAAUUAAGAAACGCACAAAACUUGAGUUCUCUGUUACUUGACUUUAAAAGGAAAUUUGACUUGUAAUAAUUAUAAUUAUCCUUAUAUGUAAAAGUCUCAUCUCCAAAUAAGUUACAUGGCAAAAUUACUUUACAAAAUGUUUGUACACACUUUAUAAACUUAAGUUUUCAUUUGAAAAUGUGAAAGUACAAAGUAAAAUAGACUUCAGUCUUGAGUGCCAAGAAAAAUUUUUAAGAAAGAUGGUUAAUGAAUGAGUCUGUAGGGUCCUAAUCUUAGUGAAAAUGUAGAAAGACCGUGCUGUGAUUUCUUUGGUAUCUGUUUAUUAAUCCAAAUCCAAGCUUAGAAGAAACGUUUAACAUUGAGCACCUUUACCUUCAUGGAUGUUUCAGCUUGCUCUUGCCAAGAAAAGAGUGCUUGAGUUACAGAAAGCAUAAUUAGCAUGAAGAAUUCAGCCUUUUUGUAAACUUCCGGAUAUCAAAAUAGAUUUUGAUAUAUAUGAAUUUUCUGAGACAACACUGCCUCUAUUUCUAUAACUAUUUCACUUGGACUAUCUAAGCGGUCCUAUGAAUGUAUCCCUAAAUGUGGUUAUUGAAAGCCAAAUAGCUGCCUCACAAUUAAGUACAUGUUAUUUAAAGACAGAAGAAAAAUAUUCAAGUUUGAAUUGAGUGUGUAGGCUUCCCAUUAUAGUUUCUUUUUCUACACUAGUCAAUGACUUAAUCUAAAUUCUUAGUGUUUGUAAAGGGUUAAUUGUCCUCCAUCAAACUGGUAUUAAAUAAUUCCACAUAUAGGAAGGACAAUGUGGAAGAGAUAGAAACUGGGCACUAGUUCAUAUAUCUUUGAGUCAAUAAAGACUAAUAUCCAGCGUUGAGUUGAUUAUUUUGACAAAUGGUAAAAAUAAUCUUGGAGAUAAAUCAGUAAUUCUGUUUACUAGAAGAUCACAGGAUAUAUCCAUCAUACUUUUCAGGAUAGAUGGUUUGUUUUGAGUUUUUUGGGGGGGGUUUUUUUUGGUACCAGGGAUUGAACUAGGGUCCUUGCGCUUGCGCAGCAGGCAGUGAAACCACUGAGCUAAAUCCCCAGACAUAGGAUAGAUGGUUUUUACUGUGGGGCAAAUAGGUUAAAAUUAUACCACAUGAUAAGUUGCAUUUAGGUCUAAAAAAGAAUCUGUAGAGAAAUCUAUGCAAUAUAUAAUUUGUCCAAAUUAGUUUUCAUUUGAGGAAAAGAGUUCUAAAAUAUCUCCAAAGCAGUUUUUUCAUCGGUUGAAAAAUCCUUCAGAAAGAACUACUGGGAAACCGUGGUUUGUGGUGGUGGAAAAGAAAAGCUCCCUCAGUUUUUGGAGGGAAUAACGUUAAAAAUACUUAAGUGGUUAAGUUUACUUGGUGCAGUUAAAAAUUUAACUUUUCAAUUUUAACAUUGCUGUUACAUCUGAAAUAAACUUACGUGAUGUUCUGGUAGUGAUCUGUGAUGUCUAAAUGAAAUGUCAAAGGAACACCCACAUUGUGCUGAAUUCUGCAGUUAGCAACUAUAGGUAGUCAUUGUAUGCUGUUGCCCAUACUGUUUUGUUGACCUUCCCCCAAUACUAGGGCUGGGGAUCAAACCUAGACCUUUUGUGAUGAGCUCCAUGCCUUUCCCUUUUUAUUUUUUUAGGAUCUCACUAAGUUGUGUAGAGGCAUCUUGAACUUUCUGAUCCUCUUGCUGCAACCUCCUUCAGCACUGGAUUUAUAGGCCUGUGCCACCAUGCCUGGCUUGCUUUUAUAUUUAAGAACUAAUAAAAAUAGUACAGGGAGCUGGGAAUUUAGCGCAGUGGUGCCACUGCCUGCCUCGCAAGCGCAAGGACCCGAGUUUGAUCCCUAAUUCAGACCCUUUGCACCUUGCUAGAAACACUGUCCACUAUCUGCAGUUUAAUCCUGUGAGAAAAGAUCUAAGGAGCUGUCCUGUUGUGCUGUAUUUUGAGUUGUUUAACUAUAAUGGUAUACAGGGUUUUUUCUCUUUCGUAGUUGAGUCAGUUUGAGAAUGUUUUCCCUCUAAUCAAAUAAACAUGAAUUUAAAAUU